CCCGCCCCGGCCGCGCUCCCGCCCCGGGGCCGCGCUCCUGCGGGGAGACGGGCCUGCUCGGCGGGCGGCGGGGGCGCCAUGGGCAGCGGCAGCAGCCGGAGCGGCCGGGCCCUGAGGCGGCUGCGCGGCCCCGACAGCCGGCCUGCGGGACCCGGCGGGGCAGCCUCGGAGGGAGGGACGCGGCCUCUGGUCUCGGCGACGGCGGCGGCCGCCCCGGAGGAGGCCCGGGAGGCGGAGGCGGCUGAGGGGGCGGCCGACCCCGGCCCCGACCCCGGCCCCGCGGCGCCCCCCGACGGCGGGGACGAGACCCUGCGCCUGCUGGACCAGCUGCUGGCCGAGUCGGCGGCCUGGGGCCCGGGCGAGCCGGCCCCGCGGGGCCCGACGCGGCCCCGACCCGCAGCCGGCGCCCGGAGCCCGGUGUCCUCAAAGCAGAGCGCUGACGACCACCCAGGGAGCAGCAGUGUCUACGGGUCAUCCCGCCUGGCUCUGGGCCGAGUGACCAGCAGUCCAGCAGGAGGCAAUGACUUUGGGCCCCUGUUCUGUUCCCCCCCAGACCUUUCCCUCCUGGUUUCCUCACCUCCAGUCUGAUGACCGUGAUCCGCCCUGUCACUGGCAUGUGGGUGACUGUGGUAUCCAGGACCAUGGGUGGGGACAGGUGUCAAACUUUGGGCUUAACAGCUGUUUUUCUUACUGAUUCCAAAUGGUUUCAGGGCAAGAACCCUGCUGGUUUCCCUUAUUUAACACACAUUAAAAAAAAAAAUUUUUUUUAACGUUUAUUUAUUUUUGAGAGACAGAGACUGAGAAGGGGAGGAGGAGGAGAGAGAGAGGGAGACACGGGAUCCGAAGCAGGCUCCAGGCUCCGAGCUGUCAGCACGGAGCCCGACGUGGGGCUCAGACUCACAGACCGUGAGAUCAUGACCUGAGCUGAAGUCAGCUGCUUAACGGACUGAGCCACCCAGGGGCACCUUAUUUGACACAUGUUUGCAGGGGUCCUUCCCGGAGGAGCUUGGUCUCUUCAGAAUUGCAGGCAGCGGGCUUAGGGGAGGUCAGAGAGGGGACAGGAGCAGCCUAAGGGCUCACGGAGGAGUUGGGGAUGAUGACAACGGUUUGAAGGCACGUGGGAGUUCACCGAGGGGAGGGGGCGGUCAGAGCAGCCUCUCUAGCCGAGGACACCGUGUGCAGGCAGGUGGCAUCUGGGCACAGGGUGGUGAGGGCACGGAGGGCGGGAAGGUCUGGGUUGUAGAGAGGGCACUAAGUGCCUGCUGGGACCCCGACUUGGCGUAGAGGGUGAAGCGGUGAGAGCACAUACCCCCACCCCCACCCCUGCACCAGCAGUCAAGGCCCAGAGCCUUAUCAGCAUCAUGGAGAGCCCUGGGCCUCCUUCAAACCCUUCUCAAGGCUCUGCCUGCCUGGAGGAAGUGGGCUUUGCCCUUGGCAGAGGGGUGUGGUCUCUUGAGCUGGGGCAGGACACCAUGUCCCACUGUAACGCCUGCCCCGGGGGGCGCCCGAGCAGCUGGCUCUUUCCUGGGGACCUGGGGACAUGGGGACAGGCCUGCCUAUGGGUCCCCAGGAACCAACCGCCCACAGCUCAGUCCUGGAUGAAUAUUUCCACUGAUUUUAAAGAGAAUGAGCGUGACUUUCUCCAGUUUCCAUCAACCCGAGGAAUUUAGACGGGUUAAAUUCUGCCACGAAUGAAUUCGUUAUUUCUUCUUUUCGAGAGAAGAGGCCGCACUCCAGGACGCCCCUCAGCCUUCCUUACCACCUUCCCCAGGAGUCUACUUACUCGCUGGCCCUGUCAGGCUCUGUCGGCCUGCCCCGGUGCCUCGGGAAGGAGGACAGGGUCACAGAGGCAAGCUCUGUGGGGGGGCUGACCCUCCCCAAGGUCAGGACAGGCGGCAGCCUGCCUCUGGUCCCCAAACUUGGGCUCCGCGGCCUUUGAGGAGAACCCCCUCGGGGAGUGAGCAGCAGGUCUCCUGCCCCACACCUGCUGUGGCUCCCGGUGCCUCUGGGGCCUCCGUGGCCCUUCUCCCCACUCCCCCCCCCGCCCCCCCACUGCCCAUGCAGCUCUCCAGGGCAGUAGCCACACUUCCUUCCCUGCCUCCUCCCCCACCCCCAGCUCUGCUGUCAGAACCUGUCAGAGCGGCAUUUCUGGGAGAGAUAUCCUAACAUCUGCAGUUUGCUAUGAAAUACCUGCAGAAAUCAGAUGAAGUGGAUGUUGUGAUAAAUACAGCCAAAAAAAAAAAAAUGUAUUGACUUAAUCGUCGAAUCUACAAUUUCAACCUUUCUCUAUGCUUGGAAGUCUUUGUAAUGAAAUGUUGAUGAGCAAAAUCCUUCAAAGCCCGGUUAAAAUAUAUCCCCCCCCCCCCCCCGCCAAACUCUGUCCCUCCCCUCUGUCCUCAUCAAGCUGGUGUCUCUCCCUCCUUUAUUGCCACCCAGCCUCCACACUUGUGACCUGUGACGUAGCAGCUACACAGGACAGGCGGGCUUAUACCCUCGCCCAGCCUCAGGAAGGCAGGAUGGGUCUCUGACUCAUCCCUGGUCCCUCACAGCACUGGGCACAUAGUAGGCGUCUCACAGAUGCUUCUUGGAAAGGCCUGUUUGAUGUAAACCUGGGCCACGGGGGCCUUGACCAAACGUGAAAACCUUUGACCCCCGAGACCUGAUCAUCCUUGAUGACAUCUGCGGCCUUCUGAGGGACGAGGGCGGAGACAUGUAGAAGCAUCAGGGCUGGGCCGGUCAGGCUGGCUUUGCGGACACGGCCGGCCUCCCCUGAGGUCUCUGGGGAUUGGGCCACAGAAGCUGAGGCCCCAGGAGGGGAAGCCUGGCGAUCCCGGUGGCUCCGGUCUGCACCUGCCACUGAAGAUCCCCCAGCCCACUACCUGUGUUCAUAGGUGGGGAAACGGACCUGGAAGGGGGGAGCUGGCCCAGCCCUCCGACCGGCAGGGCAGUACGGGCUCCCUCUCCAGCACAGCAGCGAGCCUCCGGCAGGCAGGUGGGAGGUCCCUGCAACAUGACCGGGGAGCGGCCGGAAAGAAAGGGAAGUUUGGGGUACAACGAACACCACCCAAAAGUCCCUACAAAGUCCAGAAAGUCAGGGGGUGAACCAUCAGGUGUAGGCUGGAGGGAAGCACUUUCUGAAGGUUGGGUAGCAGGAACAGGGGUCUAACUGUGGUCGCUUCUCCCGUGUCCAGUCCUGUCCGAAUGCCGCACCUCCUGUGUGACCCCCGAGGGCGCAGGCCCAGCGUGUCAGGCAAACGGAUGUCUGCAGUCACAUUUGCGAGGGGCUGUGCAGCGUGUAAGGUUCAGUGUCACAUGCUGUCUGCACACGAUAUUGUUUAUGCCCUAGAAUGAAUUUAUGGACACAGCUCCGUUUUAUUUUGUUGUAUGGUAUCGUAUUAUAUUAUUUAUUUAUUUUUUGAGAGAGAGAGAGAGAGAGAGAGAGAGAGAGC